UAGGGUUUGUGGGGUGAUGUCCCUGGGGCUGUGGGGUGAUGUCCAGGGGUUAUGGGGUGAUGUCUGUGGGGUUGUGUGUCCCUGCAGCUGGCCAUGGGGAAGAUGAUGGAGCAGGGGCCCGUGCUGAUCAUCACCUUCCAGGCCCAGGUGGUGAUGGUGAUCAAGAACCACCUGGGGGAGGUGGUGGAAGGGGACCCGGACAAGGUGCUGAGGAUGCUCUACGUGUGGGCGCUGUGCCGGGACCAGGACGAGCUGAACCCCUACAUGGCCUGGAGGCUGCUGGACAUUUCCUCCUCCAGCACGGAGCAGGUGCUCUGAGCAGGGCUGGACUGAGCCCUUCCCACCCUCUGGAAGCAGCUCCAGCCUGGAAACCCCUGGGAGCAGCCCAGGCUGGGGGUUUGGGAGAGCUCCUGAUCCCUGAGGAGUGGGAAUCCCUGCUCGGGGACAUCUGGGAUGAGCUGCUGCUCCAUGCUGGUGCCUCAGAGGCUCCUGGGCAGCUGGAACCCCCCAGAGCUGCCCCUUCCCACCUGCUGGCACCCUUGGAGAUCCCUGGAGAUCCUUGGAGGGGCUCCAGCCUGGUGUCCCUGCCGUGUCUUGCACUUUUCCCAAACCAAAUACAACCAGGACUUUGCACAUGGA